CCGACGUGAUCUGCUCAUCAUGGGUUGUCCGGCAAGCGUGAUGAACGAGGUCCGGGUACGGUGACCGCAGUGCGAGUGCCUGUCAGAGUGCUCGUCCAGGCUGCUGGCCUCUUUGCGCACCUUUGACGAGGUCGUCGAUCGUCUGGCUCCGGAGGCCCUCAGGUUGGCUUCUAUCCCUUCGUUUGUUCACUGCUCCUGGUGAGCCCUGCUACGCCUCUCGGGCUGGUCUUGGAAUCGUUCCGCACGGUCCCAUCCCCCGUUUUUCUUUGCGCCCGCAGCGCGGCUUGCCCACGGUUCGGUGGAGGGCUUGAAGGACUCGUCAAGUUUGACCCUCCUGUCCCUCGAGAGCGAGCUGUCCAUUUCACCUUCGUCACGGACUCUCUUAUUUUCUAUUAAUCUUAUUCCCCUUUUCCCGCGGACAUCUGGACGCGGUCAGAAGGUCGCUUUCCCUGUUCUACACGCUUUCCGGUACCAGACGAAUUCGUGCACAUUCUCUUCUUUGUCUGCUCUCGGCUUGAUUUGCUUCUCUUAACGGCUCUCGAUACUCAUGUCCGACCCUAUCACCAACCCUCCUUUGGACUCCGGCUCUCCUACGGAUUCAACGUCCACGAACCCCAACGUUACGGACUCGAACAAUACAGAUCCUAACGCGACGAACCCGGUCCCCACGGAUCCUACUUCUACAGAUUCCACGUCUACGGACCGCACCGAUCUUAACGCAGGCACUACGACUGACCCUACUUCUGGUACUACGACCGAUCCGAAUGCGGGCAACGCAUCAGACCCUAACACCGGUGAACCUACGGCGGAUCCCAAUGGCGGCGUUGACCAGAAUGGAGGGGAUUUGGGCAAUGUAGGGGGCACGGAUCCCAGCGCGGGGUCGGUGGGGCCAACGCAGACGACGGGAUCUGCGCCUUUCUUGCCGAGUGCGAUUCCCACUGCAUCUGGUCAGCCUUCUGCAAACCCGAAUGCCAUCUCUGGGAGCGACCACAGACACAAUGACGCAAACUCGGCUGGUUUCGACAGCCAAAGCAACAACUACCGCAAGGCAAUCAUCAUUGCAUCCGGCGUUAGUGGAGCGGUCGGUGUCAUCCUCGUCGUGAUUGUUAUUCUUGUCGUCUACCGCCGCCGGAACAGGCGCAGGGACGGAAGCGGAGGCGGCGCGACCUUUGUCAACGCAGUACCGAAACCGCCGCGCCCAGCAAGCGACGCGACAUGGAUUGGACAACGUAUUACUCCCGCUGUUUCGUUCAACGAGGACAAGCUUGAGUCGGGCGACAGGGCCAGCAAGGCUGACAGCGUUGAUUCGGACACCACGCUCGCUGAUAUCGCCGUUUCACGUGCAAAGUAUGGGACGUACAGCACGCCGACGCAUACCCCGCGCCCUUCCGUUGACAAGCUCAAGAUCGCGGACGAGCCUCUCGUGCCCAAGGAUCCCUUCGAAGCACCCCGCAUGUCUAUCGUUAGCGUGUCCCGCCGGUCUCUCGAGCAACAGGCACCCCAAGGACUUCCCAUUCCGCGCCCUCGCAAGGCCGCUCCCGGACUUCGUGUAACAUCCAUCGGCAGCUUCGUUAACGACGUUGUCGUUGAACAGGGUAAUGGCCAACCUUCGCCGGACCUUCCGCUGAUUACGCCCAUUGAGCCUCCCGCCGGCUGGCGCGCUCAGUUGGACGACUACGCAGUGGACGCUUUCGCGUUUGUUCCUCCUCCCGCACGCCGUGACUCGAUGGCCUCGCUCUCUCGCCAAUCUUCCCGGGCGUCGUCCCGCAACUCACGCAAUCUCGAUGAGAUCGUCAGCCCCCGCAAGAAGGCCGUGUUCUCGGUGAUCUCAAAGAAGCGUCGCUCGCGCGCUGACAGCAUUGACCCCUUCCGCAAGUCUGCCGCGUCGAUGGUCACCCGCCGCAAGUCCGCUCGUACUUCUCGUGCUGAGGGAGCUAUGGGUUUCGUCCGUCGUAAGUCAGGUCGCUCAUCGCGCGCCGAGUCCGUGGCAACUCCCACCACUCCCGGGGGUCGGGGCAGAUCUCGUGCAAGCAGCAUCGGCCGGCCCACGACCCCUGCUGGCCGCAGCCGUACACCAAGUGCAGGCCCUCCGCCGACUCCUCGUCGUCGGUCGCAGGCAACAGUGAACCAAGCCCAGAUCUUCUCUACACCCAUCGCCCCUCCCCCUGUUCUGCCUGGACUGCCCAAGACGCCUCGUACGCCUACAACUGCGCGUCAAUCGCGCAUUGUCGGCACACCGGUGGCGUUCGGACCUCGCACCCCACGUACUUCCGGCGUCCCGCCCGUGCCCCAAACACCGCGCACCGCUCCGCUCGACCGUGAGGCCCGCACACCGAUGACUGCCCAGCUACGUACGCCCUCGGUUGCCUACGAAUCUCGCGCCGAUGGCGUCCGCCUACGGAUCCCCCGUGCGGCCCUGCCUCGCACGCCCAUCUCGCUCGAGGAUGCGCAUUGGGAGCCGGUGCCCUUGCCUGAGUCCCCCUUGCCGACUCGGUCCACCAGUGCAAGUGCUACGACACCUCGGCCACUGCCAGCGACUCCGGUGCGCCCACGCACGCCGAAGACGCCAAGGUCUGCUCGAGCGGAACUUAGCUUGUCGCAGGUGUCGCGUGCGCUGUCUGAGGUGUCGGGCGAGUCGCUGGUCUAAGCGGUGCGGCGUUGGUUUGCUUACGGACUUCUGUGCUAGCGGUGCGUUUCGCCUGACGUUUGCUAUCGUCACCACUCCAUGCCGCGGCUUUUCUCGCCAGCGGCCUCUCCCCUUAGGCGAUACGCGGACUUUGGCGGACAUCUGUUGUUGCUGUUGUGUACUCUUAGUUCCUCCCCACCCUCCUCGUGUACUAUGGUGCGUCGGCCUGUACGAUCUGUGUUCUGAGUUGUAUCCUGAGUCCUAUCGUGGAUUCUGACGUCCACCCCUGC